GCGCCACCGCCUCUCCUCAGCAGCUCGGCAGAAGACGCCCCAACGAUAUGAAAAUUGCUAUCGCGGUGUUCCUCGCCCUGGUGUGUCUCCAAAGUGGAUGUUCGUGGAUGACAGACUUGGACACCAGCAGAGAGCCGCAGCGCCGUCUGUGCGGCUGGAAGCUGGCCAACAAACUGAACAGCGUCUGCAAGGGAGUCUAUAACAAGCCGGGGCCGAUGAGCAAUAGCCUGUACUAUAGGCACAGGCGAGCCAAGACUCGUCCUCGGAUCGGAGACUUCUCGGCCUCUCUUCCUCGGACGACAGACUCCAGGCAGAGUCCUCGAGGCGACGCGGGACUCUGGGACUUAUCCUACCCUCCUAACCCUCCUCCUUCUCCCCCAACCCCCCCAACCACGAGUCCUUCCCCCCUAACCGCCCCAACCCCCAGUUCUUCCCCCCCGCAACCCCGAGCCCCGCCCCCCUCGGCCACGGACGCCUUCGACCAGCUGCUCCUCCACAACGCCCUCUUGUCCUCCGGCGUCCCUUUCCCCUUCCUGACGGAGGCGGAGGCGUCGCAGAUGCUGAAGGAGGCGCCGCGUCGGAAGCGCGGGCUCUCGGCGGAGUGCUGUAGGAAGGCCUGCUCGGUGUCGGAGCUGGUCGACUACUGCUACUGA